AUGGAUCAGCCCCGACAUGAGACGCAUCAGCGCUGGAUCUGCGGCAGCUUUGCAGUGCUCGUGUGCUUCAUAAUGCUGUUGGGCUCGGCGCAUGAGAUACCACAGCGUGGCAAGGUUGUGAUCAACACGUGGCCAUUUGUGAAUGCGACUCGUGCAGGCUUCCAAGCUUUAGAAAGACCUGGUAGUCGCUCCCGAGCACUAGACGCCAUCACGAGAGGCUGCAAUCGCUGUGAAGUAGACCAAUGCGACUUCACCGUUGGAUACGGAGGUAGCCCCGACUCCAACGGAGAGACUACACUAGAUGCCAUGAUCCUGGACGGCUCCACGAUGGAAAUGGGCGCGGUGGCUCAACUACGGCGAAUCAAGCCUGCCAUUGAAGUGGCUCGCGCCGUCAUGGAGCACUCGUCGCAUAGCAUCUUGGCGAGUAACGGAGCGUUGGCUUUUGCCAAGAUGAUGGGCUUCGAGGAAACGCCCUUGGACACGCCACACUCGCGGGAAAUCCACCAAGACUGGCUCAGCAACAAAUGCCAGCCGAACUACUUCCGCAACGUUGUGGGACAGAAUACGUCGUGUCCACCGUAUAAGCCACUGCCGUCGCAGCAUGAAGUGUACACAGGACUACAAGGCCAAUCCUUGCUGCGCUCAGCGAGCAGACAGAACAACGCUGAUGUCGAAAGCUUGAUAUCCAAGCAAAACCACGACACUAUAGGGAUGGUUGUGCUGGCGGACAAUGGCCACAUGGCUGCGGGGACCAGCUCGAACGGAGCAACACACAAAAUUGCAGGACGUGUCGGUGAUGCUUCCGUGCCUGGUGCUGGGGCUUAUGUGGAUUCGUCAAUCGGUGGUGCCGCUUGCACAGGAGACGGAGACGUGAUGAUGCGUUUUUUACCUUCUUUCUUCGCUGUUCAGGAGAUGAAGAAGGGCACCCACCCACGCAAGGCGUGUGAACGUUCCCUCCGUCGCAUUGCAGCAAAGUAUCCGCACUUCGUGGGAGGCAUGGUGUGUUUAAAUCAACUUGGAGAGUUCGGAGGAGCUGGAUAUGGAUGGGACUUUGCCUAUACUGUGCAAGCAAGCUGGAUGUCGGAGCCCAAAGUGGUCCAUGUGAAGCCACUUUCUCCACCUUAA